CCUCCCCCCAGCGCCAGCCCUGUCCUCCGGCCCCCCAGGCUCCAGCCCUCACUCAGUGAACACCUCCGCCAGGCCAGCCAGGAACAGCAAGAGCCCAGGGAGAGCCCCCUGCAGCCCCUCACCCAGCAUGGGAAGCCUUCUCCUACUCUUCUUCUUCUCGGUUCUUGGCAGCUCCACCUGUCAACAAGCAGAAGGGCUAACGUUGUUCACCUUGGAAAACGUCACCCUGUCCAUCGAGCCGGACGGCGACGUGGAGAGGGACGCCAGCCCGACCCUCCGCUGCCGGCCGCUGGUCAAGAGCAGCCCUGGGACGUCUCUGGUGCGUCGCUACGUCGUGCUCAAGGACAACGCCGAGGUGCACCACGGGAACACCAGCCGCCCUGAUGACCUGCUGUGGAGCAUACCCAACGCCAGGGUCAGCGACAGCGGCAAGUACAAGUGCCGCGUGUUUAUCCGGGACAAGACUGCCGUCAGCAACACUGAGAAGCUGAAAGUGACAGGCCUUUCCCAGCCGGUGCUGCUCAUACUGCGCAACACAGCGCAAGCUCCCAUCCAGGAGGGAGACCGGGUGCCCGUCUCAUGCCAAGCCCCAGGGGAGACCGGAACCUUCAUCUUCUACUUCUACGACCAAGGCCAGGAGAUCCACGAGGAGCAGACCACCUCCAACCAGGUGGAAGUGGAGCUCCUGUUCAACAAGCCGGGCAUGCGGGACAUGCAGUGUGCCUACAUGGUGUUGAUGGUGCCAGACGCGGUCAAGUCCAACCACAGCCAAGCGCAAUAUGUGAGAGUGCGAGAGUUUGACUUCCUUCCGGUUCUUUCCGUCCUUCCCGAUCCGACGAAGACAAAGAUCUUCGAGGGGGACAGGAUCAACGUCUCCUGUGAAUAUCGCGGGGCGAUCGAUCCCUUGAUCAGAGUCGCCCUUAGCAACGGGAACCAGUUGCUUGAUGUCACGCAAACCCAGGCCAAAGUGUCGCACAGUCUUACAGUGUUCUCAAAUCAUUCCGGGGAGUUUGAGUGCAGCGUAAUGAAGGGCAACGUGGUUAAGAAAAGAAACAGCAUUGUGAAAGUCCUAGAAAUCAUCUCAACUCCAACUCUGACUGUGAACCCCGAUGUAUUUGAAAAUGACACGUUUCACGUGAGAUGCCAGAGCGACGUCCUUGCCCCUGAGAGAGUUGACAGCACAGAUGUCAACUACCAGAUUCGUAGAAUCGAGGGCCAGACCAGUUACAAGGAAAAAGUCUUCAGAGAUCUGGUCCACACAGCAGGGUCCAGGACCUACACGUGCACUGUGACAGCACGGAAUAUAGUGAAGCACAGUCCAGCAUUGGUUGUCCAAAUAAAAGCCCUGGCCAGUGAGCCACAGAUCUGGGCCGUGGGCAGGGUGGUGGUGGGGCGGCCGUUCCAGGUGCGCUGUCACUCGGCCCGGGGCAGCCUGCCCAUCACCCACACCCUCCAGAGGAACAAGGCGCCGGUCGGCACGGUGACCAUCACGCGGCCCGGCCAGCUGGCACUCUUCAACGUCACGAUCCAGCGGGCCGGGGAGAUCCAUGACUACAGCUGCAGCUCCCAGAACAACAGACAUGUGCUGCCGGUGGUGGGCAAACACCUCAACAUCUCUGUCGUAGUGCCUCUCUCCGACCCUAGACUGAGUGUGCUCCCGGCCUUGUCGGACAUCCUGGAGGGAGUCGACCUCAUCCUGAUCUGCAGCGCCGAGGGCUCCCCUCCGAUCACCUUCAGGUGGUACCGCGACGACAGCGCUAAGUCUCUGCACAGCAGCACGUCCGCCGACAUCACCGACAGCCACGUCAUCCACGGCGUGGACAAGCAGGCCAGCGGCGCCUACUACUGCGAGGCCGUCAACUACGACAACGUCAACAUACGAAGCCAGAAGGUCAUCGUGGAGGUGAAGACCGCGACGUGGAAGAAGGGCCUGAUCGUGGCGUCCUGCCUGCUCAUGGUGGCGUUGGUGGUGCUCCUUUGCGUGCUGCGCUUCAGGGCCAAGCGAGGUAAAAGAGACACGGCCGCUGAGCUUUCAGUAAAGCCUUCGAGCCCUAAACCAGAUGACUCUUUAACAGUGAGUCUCACCCACGACACGGAGGUGUAUGACGCCACCACAGUGAGGGUGGAUGGAGCCGGGACCAGCGUCUGGAGUGAGAGAUCUGCCCACCCUGGCAGCGAUGAGGAGAGCAGCGCUGUGUCUAGCGAGCCUGACGUGGAGUACACUGAAGUGGUUCACCCACGGCCCAUGGACCCCGCCAGAGUCCCUCUGAGAAAAGGCACAGACACCGUGUACAGUGAGCUCCAGAACUCCCCAACAGGUUUGGGUGACCUUGACCACCAUGACUAUGGUUCGGUGGAGUACGCCAGCCUCAACACUGAACAACCAGAGCUUAACCACAACCAACCACAGCUCAACCACCAUGACCUCCCUGUUCCUGUGGACUAACACUGGUCCAUUAUUGUCUCAAGUUUUUUUUUUUAAAUCUCCAUUCUAAUCCCGACUUUUUCUUUAGCAGAAUUGUUAAGUAAGAUAUUCUUAUGUUAUAUUGUAAAUAUUGUAAUGGUGCAGUUGGCAAAUACAGUUCAAAAUCCUU